CCUCUUUACUUCCUUCCUCGUCCUUGUCCCGGCAGGCAAGCAGGCAGGCAGGCAGAAGGAGCCCUGUGGAGCCAGCAGCCAUGCUCCGCCCCGUGGCACUUCUGCUCUUCCUCCUGGCUGGGGGGGCGCAGGCCUUUCGCAUCUGCGCCUUCAACGCUCAGCGGCUGACCCUGGCCAAGGUGGCCAGGGAGCCUGUGAUGGACACUUUGGUACAGAUUCUGGCUCGCUGUGACAUCAUGGUGCUGCAGGAAGUAGUGGACUCCACUGGCAGUGCCAUCCCACUCCUGCUUCGAGAACUCAACCGAUAUGAUGCCUCCGGGCCCUACAGCUACCUCAGCAGCCCUUUGCUGGGCCGAAGCACGUACAUGGAGAAGUAUGUCUACAUCUACCGGUCGCACAGGACACAGGUCCUGGAGUCCUAUGUGUACAACGACCAGGAUGACCUCUUUGCGAGGGAACCCUUCAUUGCCCAGUUCACCUUGCCCAGCAAGGUCUUGCCCAGCCUGGUUCUGGUCCCACUGCACACCACCCCAAAGGCUGUGGAGAAGGAGCUGAAUGCCCUCUACCAUGUGUUCCAAGACGUCUCCCAGCACUGGCAGAGUGAGGAGGUGAUCCUGCUGGGGGACUUCAACGCGGACUGCGGCUCAUUGACCAAAAAGCGGCUGGAGGAACUGUUGCUGAGGACGGAGACGGGCUUUCUGUGGGUGAUCCCAGAUGGAGUGGAUACCACAGUGCGGGCCAGCACCCACUGCGCCUAUGACCGAAUCGUGCUGCACGGGCCUCGCUGCCAAGGCCUGCUUCAGACCGCCUCAGCCUUUGAAUUCCCCCGCAGCUUCCAGCUCAGCGAGGAGCAGGCCCUGAACAUUAGCGACCACUACCCGGUGGAGGUGGAGCUCAGAGGGGCAGCGCCAAGGGAGCAGCCUCUCUGCCUGGUGGUCCUGCUGCUGGCGUCCCUGCUGCUGGUCCCUGCCGCCUGACCUGCCCUCCCAGCAGUGACUCCUUCAUAGAACAGCAGCACGAUCAUCUGCCUGGUAUUAGACUAAACCCUACGGGUGGUGUCAGGAGAGGGUACAAAGUAGCCCAUGGGAAGCUGGGGAAGGGGAGAGGGCUCAGCCAAGACAAUGACCAGCGAUCCCAAGAUCUUAUUCUAUGAAAAAAAGUUUUGAUCUAUAAAGGAAUACUUCCCUGGGCUCAUGGGAGGGAUAUCCCUUUGGGUGGCAGCUAGGCCAAAGGCUCAUUCAUGCCUGACCUAUUCAUCAGUAGAACAAUGCUAAGAUCCCAAGAUGCCAGCUAACCAAUAAGUCACAUCUCAGGUGUGAACCUAGAUGCGAGGAAGGGUGCACCUAAAUCUACCUGGCCUCCACCCCACAUUCCCAGGAGCUGGGGUGUCUUCAGAACCCAUGCCAUGCAGCGUUGGGGUCAGGCGACCCUGCAGGAAAAGGAUUGGGUCCUUUAUAGAGUUAAUUUGUGGUUGUUGUAACCAUGAGAACAAAAAUAAAGGUAAUUAAAAUUUCA